AAACAAGGAAUUGAAGUUUUGGUAUUUGACGAUGUGAAAAAACAUACAUCUAAAGAUCAUGAUUUUAUUGCAGUUUUAUCAGGAUUAUCAAUUCAACUUUACGGGAUGAAUAAAAAAUCUUGUGAAAUAAUAAAUAGACAACAUGGAAUUAAUAUAGAAAGAAAAAGUUUCGCACCGUUUAUUUCAUUUGGAUCUAAUUCUAUUUCUUUUACAACAUCAUCUGAUCCAUAUUUUAAAUUACGUAAAAAAAUUUUAAUAUCUUCGAUUAAUAAUAAUAUUGAAAGAUUAUAUCAAGUUUCUUAUCAAGAAGUUACUAGUUUAAUUAAAAAAUUCAAAUUAAAAUCAAAUUUAAACAUGUUGGAAAUACUAAAUGAAUAUGUUGAGAAUGUUACUAGUGAAUUUAUGUGGGGUAGUAGUAUUAUAUCAAAAUAUCAUACUAAUUUUUUAGAUAAAGAAUAUAAAUCAAAAAGCUUACCUAUUAUACGGGUUUUAAAUCAGGCAUUCCACGACGUUUAUACAUAUAAAAAUAGUAAUUUAUUAUAUGUACCAAUAACAAAAGAAUCACGACGAGUUUUAAAUAAUAUCACACAAAUACGUAAGAGUUUUAAAAAAAUGACACGAGAUUUGAUAGAUAAUUUCUGUGGAAAAAAUUUAAUUAAAGAUAUGGUUGAUAAGAAUCUUCAAUUGGGUAUAUCGUUAGAAAAAUUAUAUGAUGAUCUCAUUAUAACAACAUCAUCGGGAUUAAAUAUAGUUAAAUUAAUGAUUAUGUCAAUUAUUUGGCAUUUAUAUGAGGAGAAGAAUAGAAAAUGGCGCAACAUACUUUAUGACGAAGUUAAAAUAUUAAAUGAAGAUGGCUUUGAUUAUACAAAAUUAGCAAGUCUUUCAAAUUUUAACGCGUUUAUAUCUGAGGUGAUAAGAUAUGAAUCAUCGUUUUCAUUUUUAAAUAAUUACACAAUUAAAGAUUUUGAAAUGGUUAUUGGUGAAAAA